AUGGCUAGAAUUAAUAGAAUAUUUUUGGUGGUGCUUAUGUUGUUGCAGUGUUGGGUAGCUAUGGCAGAUACUGAAUAUUUGAAAUACAAAGAUCCAAAGCAACCAUUGAAUACUAGAAUUAAGGAUCUUGUUGGUAGAAUGACUUUGGAAGAGAAAAUCGGUCAAAUGCUUCAAAUUGAGCGCACAGUUGCUUCUACAGAUAUAGUGAACAAGUAUUACAUUGGGAGUCUUCUGAGUGCUGGCGGAAGUGUUCCUAAGGUGAACGCAACUGCAAAUGAUUGGGUUGAUAUGGUGAAUAAGUUUCAAAAAGGUGCAUUGUCGACUAGGCUUGGAAUUCCAAUAAUAUAUGGAGUUGAUGCUGUUCAUGGUCAUAACAAUGUUUAUAAUGCUACUAUUUUUCCUCACAAUAUCGGUCUAGGGGCUACAAGGGAUCCUCAACUAGUGAAGAAGAUUGGUGAUGCAACUGCUCUUGAAGCAAGAGCGACCGGAGUUUCAUAUCUCUUCGCUCCUAGCAUCGCGGUUUGUAGAGAUCCAAGAUGGGGUAGAUGUUAUGAAAGUUAUAGUGAAGAUCAUAAAAUUGUUCAAGCUAUGACCGAGAUCAUUCUAGGAUUGCAAGGUGAUAUCCCUCCACAUUCACGCAAGGGUGUUCCAUAUGUUGUUGGACACAAGAAAGUAGCAGCUUGUGCAAAACACUAUGUUGGUGAUGGUGGAACGACAAAAGGAAUCAAUGAGAAUAACACAGUUAUAACAAGACAUGAAUUGCUUAGCAUUCACAUGCCAGCUUACUAUGACUCAAUUAUUAAGGGUGUCUCAACCAUCAUGGUUUCUUACUCAAGCUUGAAUGGACAAAAAAUGCAUACUAAUUACGAUUUAAUCACAAGAUUUCUCAAGAACACGCUCCGUUUUAAAGGUUUUGUCAUAUCAGAUUUUUUUGGAAUUGACAAGAUAACUUCACCUCCUCAUGCUAACUACACACAUUCAAUUGAAGUCGGAGUAAAUGCCGGUAUUGACAUGGUAAUGACUGCAGCUGACUUCCGAGAAUUCAUAGAUGGCUUAUCUUUACUAGUGAAAACAAAUGUUGUAUCUAUGAAAAGAAUCGAUGAUGCAGUGAAGAGAAUUUUGAGAGUCAAGUUUGUAAUGGGUCUAUUUGAAAAACCAUUGGCUGAUUACAGUCUUGCCGACCAUCUCGGAAGCCAGGAGCACAGAGAGUUGGCUAGAGAAGCUGUGAGGAAAUCAUUGGUACUAUUAAAGAACGGUGAAAGCGUUGAUAAGCCGUUGCUUCCUCUUCCUAAAAAGGCUUCAAAAAUACUUGUUUCCGGAAUUCAUGCUGAUAAUCUAGGCUAUCAAUGUGGUGGAUGGACGAUUCAAUGGCAAGGGCUUAGCGGCAACAACGUUACUAGUGGUACGACAAUUCUGAGUGCGAUAAAAAAUACAGUUGACAAAGACACUAAGAUAGUCUAUCAAGAGAAUCCAUCUCUCGAAUAUGUAAAAUCAAAUGAUUUUUCAUAUGCAAUUGUGGUAGUCGGAGAAACACCAUAUGCGGAAACAAAUGGCGACAGUUUAAACUUAACCAUCUCAGGUAAUGGGGCAGAAACAAUAAACAACGUAUGCAGCGGAGUGAGAUGUGUGGUUGUGUUAAUAACUGGUAGACCUGUGGUUAUGUUACCAUAUAUUGACAUAAUCGAAGGACUUGUUGCGGCAUGGCUUCCUGGUAGUGAAGGUUACGGUGUUACAGAUGUUUUGUUUGGUGAUUAUGGAUUUAGUGGUAAACUUCCACGGACAUGGUUUAAGAGUGUUGAUCAAUUACCUAUGAAUGUUGGUGAUUCUCAUUAUGAUCCUUUGUUUCCAUUUGGAUUUGGUCUUACUACUCAAGGUCUUAAGAAUACUUAGAGCUUAUUAUUGCUUGAAUUAGUUGGGUGUUGUGUCAUAUGUCUUGAUUAUAUGAAAUCUAAGUACAAAAUUUUCUUAAGUUGGGUGUUGUAUCAUAUAAAUGUGUAUCUGUAAGCUAUUUAUGAAAUAAAAUAUUAAAUAAAGUCAAAAGUUUUUAUAAGUUAUCCA